AUGAUGAAAACCCUGAGCCUCGCAUCUACCCAGAAGAUACUUUCAGGGUAUGAGAUUCCCGUGCUCGGAUAUGGGCUUUACCAAGUGCCGAGCGCAGUCGCAGAAGAUGUAACCGGCCAGGCUUUAAAGGCCGGAUAUCGCCAUAUUGAUUCCGCAGCGGCGUAUCGCAAUGAGAGGGAAAGUGUCACUGCCAUUGAAAAGGCGGGACUUAAGCGUUCUGAUGUCUUCUUGACAACAAAGGUCUCACCGAAAGCUACUGGAUAUGAGGCAGCAAAGCAGUCUAUUGAGGGAAGCCUAGAGAAAGCCGAAACUGACUAUUUCGACUUAAUUCUACUUCACGCUCCCUUCGGGGGCAAAGAGGGCCGUCUCGGCGCCUGGCGGGCCUUGGUAGAAGCGCAACGAACCAAAAAGGCUCGUUCAAUCGGCGUUUCCAACUUUGGAAUCCAUCACCUGGAAGAGUUGGAAGAAUACAUCCAAAGUGGUGGAGGGGGCAGGAUUGAGGUUGGCCAAUAUGAACUUCAUCCUUGGCUCAGACGUGCCGACUUGGUAGACUGGCUUCGCAAGCGUGGUGCAGUCGUCGAGGCAUAUUCCCCUCUCGCCAGAGGAACUCGGAUGGAGGAACCUGCUCUCCGAACAAUUAGCAAGAAACACAACAAAAGCCACGCCCAGAUAUUGAUCCGCUGGAGUCUUCAAAAGGGCUUUAUACCACUUCCAAAGUCAGCUACCCCAAGCCGUAUCAAAGAGAAUGUGGAUGUGUUUGACUUUGAGCUGGAUGACGAUGAUAUGAAGCUUCUGCACACCGACGAGUAUUCGCCUUGUACUUGGGAUCCUACUGUUCAGCAAGAUUGA